UGGUUUCUUGGCAGCUACUCCAGGAGGCUAUAAGAUUAUAUAUAAGACCUGUGCGGAAUAUACCUGUUACAUACAAUCCUUCACAUUCAAGCCAUCUCUUGAUUGUUUUCUUUCAUUCUUUGGGGAUCUUCCUCUGAAAUUUUCAUAUUUUGUUUGUUUGAUGUGUACUCUUUCUGAGUAAUUACUUCCAUUCGUUUCCAAAUUUGUUGGCCUACGAAUAAUCAACUCUCAUUUCCAGCCUUUAAGAGGCCUCGCUUGGAAGAAAGAGAUUGUCAAGGAAGAAAUGACCAAGUGCUCUGUAGAUAGUGAACUGGGCUGUAGUUUGAUGGAAGGGAUUUUCCAGCGCCGGAGCUUUUGGCCAAAGAAAACAUCUGUUCGUCCACUACCCACAAACAGCAACAGCACAUUGAAGGUAACAAGCCCCAGUGAUUCCAAGGGGCGACAUGGUGGUUCCCGUAAAACUGCCUCGCUCAACUCCAUUUCACCUAAACCUCCGCCAAAACUAGAUGAGAAGCUAGUCACAACUCCCAACUUAGUACGCUCCAGGCCUUCAACUUCCAGUCAUAAAAGUCAAGGUGCUAGGCCCUCAGAUGCUGCAAGGAACUCAUCGUCCUCCUCUGCUACUUCAAGCCUAAAGCAGCAAUCACAAUCCCAGGAGUUAACGGACAUGAAAAGGCUAAGGAGGGAGCCCAAUGGCCUCUACACUGAGCCAAAUAGGGCGAGUACUGAUCACCACCAAUCCUAUGAAAGCAAAGCUCUCGUCCCCACUUCUUCAGGCAAUGUAAUGCCUUUAGGCCACUUGGGUAAUUUGAAGCCACUGAGAACUGGGAAUUCAAUGAUCACAGACCUACCGGACUCCACCAAUAAAACUCGGUAUUACCACCAGAGGAAGCUCAGCGAUAGCAGAAUUGGAAAUAACGGUGUUAUGGGCAACAUUACACGGAAGCCCAGCAAUGAGAAUCCAAAGUCGGGAGGCCGAUUUCUAGGUCUGUUGAAUAAGUUAGAUCCAGAGGCAUUGAAGUCAAUGGGAAAUGAGGAGUACAAGCAGGGUAGAUUCAAGGAGGCCUUGGCACUAUAUAACCAAGCAAUUGCCCUCAAUGCAAAUAAGGCGUCGUACCAUAGCAAUAAGAGCGCGGCUUUAAUAGGUUUAGGCCAUCUUAUGGAAGCAGUAAUUGAGUGCAGAGAAGCCAUUCAAAUUGAGCCUUCUUAUCACAGAGCUCAUCACCGUCUGGCGACACUAUAUCUAAGACUGGGAGAAGCCGAGAAAGCAUUGAAUCACUACAAAUACUCAAGCCCCACAGACUCUGAAUACAUCGCCAAAGCUCAAGCUCUGCAAACACACCUCAGUAGGUGCAUAGAAGCCCGAAAUUUGAGAGACUGGAACACUUUACUUAAGGAGGCAAGGUGUGCAAUAUCUUCCGGAGCCGAUUCAGCUCCCCAGAUCUAUGCUUUCCAAGCCGAGGCCUUAUUGAAGCUCCAUAGGCACCAAGAGGCCUAUGCUACCUUCCGGAAGGGACCCAAGUUCCAGAUUGAUUCAUGUACUCAGUUCUUUGGACCGGCUGCUAGUGCAUAUAUGUUAAUAAUUCAGGCACAGCUUUACAUGACCAUGGGCAGGUUAGAGGAUGCCGUGGCCUUGGCUCAGAAAGCAGCUCGACUUGAUUCAAGUAACAAUGAGGUGACCACAGUGUUGAGAAGAGUUCUAGCUGUGGAAUCGGCCCGAUUGAGGGGCAAUCAGCUCUUCAAUGCAUCAAAAUUUUUGGAGGCUUGCGUUAAGUACAAUGAAGGAUUAGACCAUGACCCCUACAACACCAUUUUGUUAUGCAACCGAGCAGCUUGUCGAUCUAAACUUGGCCAGUUUGAGAAAGCGGUUGAAGACUGCACCAUGGCACUCAUCGUGCAGCCUUCUUACAGCAAGGCAAGGUUGCGUAGGGCCAAUUGCAAUGCCAAGUUGGAAAGAUGGGAGGCCUCUAUUCAAGAUUAUGAGAUGUUGAUAAGAGAAACUCCGGGUGACGAGGAGGUGGGCCGGGCAUUGUUUGAGGCCAAGAUCCAGCUCAAAAAGCAACGUGGUGAGGACAUUAAGGACAUGAAGUUUGGUUCGAACCUGGUCUUCAUCUCCAACAAUGAGCGUUUCAGACAUUUUGUAACCUCCCCAGGGAUGUCGGUGGUCCUCUUCUGCAACAAAACUAGUCACAAGCAAGUAUUGCAGCUCCUUGAGCAAGUCUGCAAGAGAUACCCAUCCGUCUACUUCCUCAAGGUGGAGGUUGAAGACCACCCUUACUUGGCAAAGUCAGAGAGUGUGAGCUCCGUUCCGGCUUUUAAGAUAUACAAGAAUGGAUCAAGGGUCAAAGAAAUUCCAGGCAACAAUCGUGAAUUAUUAGAAAGCUCGGUCAAAUUGUACAGCAGUUGAAGAUAAAAAAAAUGAAAGGAAACACACAGAAUUUUUUGGGUAUGCAUGGAGACAAUCGAAGAAGAAGAAGAAGAGCUCAAGAUCUUAUAAAAAAAGGACAGAUUCAAGCAACACAAAAAACAAAGUGGGGGCUAAUCAUACCAGUGCAGAGACUUUGCUGCCAUCGUACAUAAAGCAGGAAGAGUGGAGAAAGAGUGAGUGCAGGAUUAAAUUAAUGAAGGGAAAAAUUAGAGGGGGCAUUGUUUUGGAUUGGGCAUAAUGAUUGUGUGUACAGUUGUUUGUUCUUCCUACCCCAUUGCUUUCCUGUGGGCUUAGGAAACAAGCCAAAUUGGUAGUGGAUUGUUUAUUUAUAGCUAGUGGUUUGAUUGCAGAGAACCCACUAAUUAUAGUCAAUGGUGUGUCACAGACAGGUUAUGAUUGGUGUGGAUUAUUUGAAAAUAACCUCUUUACUUAUUCUAGUAA